GUAAUCCAUGAUAUAGAGGUUAUGUUUUUAUUUUAAAAGUAAAUUAAAAUAAUCAUAAGAAGGUUCUCAAUAAUAAGUGUAUGUUUUGUAAGAGAACCUUUACUUUUAAAAGGAGCUAUUCUCCAUUCAUAUUAAAAUCCGUACAGGAGAAAAGUCAGAAACAGCUUGGUGCAUCAUCAAAAAUUAGAUAUGGAUAAGCUUCCAAUUACAUGUUUCAUCAGAGAACCGGACGUUCCGCUCCAUACCGGAAAAAAAAUGUAUGAGCAUGCGUGUCAAGUGUGUCAAAAAAGAUAUUCCCGUAAACGAAAUUUAGAUCGACAUAUGCUCAUCCACUCGAAGGAAAAUCCAUUGAAAUGUGAAACCUGUGGACGGAGAUUUCUUAAAGAAAUAACAUUAAUACGUCACCGAAAAAGGCAUAAGGGUAAACAUUCAUUUGAAUGUCCAACUUGCGGCAAGCGUUUCAAAAAAAAGUCGAAGUGUCCCGUUUGCGUUCAUACUGAAGAAAAUCCGUACGAAUCUAAAGUGGGUCUGAAACCCUAUAAGCAAAAUUUCAAUCGACAUAUGCGCAUUCAUACGGAUGAGAGGUCAUUCGUAUGUGAAAUCUGUGGACAAAGAUUUACUGAAAAAGAUCAUUUGAGGCUUCAUGAAAUGGAGCAUACGGGCGAACGUCCAUUUGAAUGUUCGUUUUUUGGCAAACGUUUCAUCCAAACAUCGGACUAUAGCAGUCACAAUUGCAUCCAUACGGAGAAAAAAUCGUACGAAUGUAAAAUUUGUUCGCGCAGAUUUUCACGUAAAUAUUCUCUUAAACAACACAUGCAGAAACAUGCACAAAACUGAUGGAAAUAAAAAUGUUAAACU